CCGGACGCUCUUAAAGGAGCCGCGGGCUCAAUCUGGAAACUUCUCUCCGUCAGAAGCAAAACAAACUCCAGGUCCCCCAACUGAGAAAAUGAACUAAUGUUCUUCUUUUAUCUGUGAGCUGCUCCUCAGCAACCUGUUUAUUGAGGAGAUACAUAAAAGCAGAUAUCAUAUGAUCUUACUCCUCUACCUUCCCCCCCCCUCUGCCCCGACGUCUCAAGUACCGAAGUAGCGUGAAAGUAAAUGAAACCGCUUACUCUUUUUUUUAACAAAAAUCAGGAAGACAUUCGGGGGGCGAAAGUAAAAGGAAAGAAAAAGCAAACGCUUUCGGCUGAUCUCCGUUGGUCGCGGGUCCGCUUUAAGGAGUGGGUGGGAUUUGUCUGAUGGACGCGGUGCCGGACCAACCGGAACCGAGGGCGGUGGCCGUCGCGGGGUAAGGGCCAAUCCGAGCGGGGUACGGCGGGCUGCCGACGAGGCGUGCGUUGGUACAAGAGGGGUCGCGCCCCUCGUCGGGAACUGUGGACCUCCCAGAGGUGAAUAGAGCCCUCCCAGUUUCCAGGAGCAGCAAUGGAGGGGAGCACAGACCUGUUUGAGGGGGAGGACUACAAGUCAAGGACCAUGUCGGUGGAUCUACAGACAGAUUCCUCACUGCAAGUGGAGAUCUCUGAUGCAGUCAGUGAGAGAGACAAAGUGAAAUUUACAGUCCACACCAAGACGAAUCUUGCUCACUUCAAGCAGCCGGAGUUCUCAGUGGUACGGCAACAUGAAGAGUUCAUAUGGCUUCAUGACGCGUAUUUGGAAAAUGAGGAUUACGCUGGGAUUAUAAUUCCUCCUGCCCCUCCAAAACCAAACUUUGACGCGUCGCGGGAGAAACUGCAGAAACUUGGGGAGGGGGAUGGGUCCAUGACGCGGGAGGAGUUUGCUAAGAUGAAGCAAGAGCUGGAAUCGGAGUACCUGGCCAUCUUUAAAAAGACGGUAGCCAUGCACGAGGUCUUCCUGCAACGUCUUGCUGCUCACCCGCAGCUAAGGGGGGACCACAAUUUCUACGUAUUUCUGGAGUAUGAUCAGGAGCUGAGCGUCCGUGGUAAGAAUAGGAAGGAGAUCCUGGGUGGUUUUCUAAAGAACAUUGUGAAGACCGCUGAUGAAGCAAUAAUAACUGGCAUCUCUGGCAUGAAGGAAGUGGACGAGUUCUUUGAGCACGAGAGGACCUUCCUCAUCGAGUAUCACAAUCGGGUCAAGGAUGCGACGCUGAAGGCGGAUAGAAAGACCCGCUCACACAAAAAUGUCGCUGAAGAUUACAUUCCAAUCUCCUCUGCUUUAUCUGGUUUGGGAACAUUGGACACCAACCCACUUAGCAAGAACUUUCUGAAACUUGCAGAACUUUUUGAGAAACUUCGGAAACUGGAAGGGCGUGUGGCAUCUGAUGAAGACUUGAAACUUUCUGACUUGUUAAGAUAUUACAUGAGGGAUUCACAAGCAGCAAAGGACCUAUUGUACCGGAGAGCUCGCUCUCUGUCGGAUUAUGAAAAUGCCAACAAAGCCCUGGACCGGGCCCGCAUGAAGAACAAGGAUGUGAAACACGCUGAGACUAAUCAGCAACGCUGCUGCCAAAAAUUUGAAAAGCUCUCUGAAUCAGCCAAGCAAGAACUCUCCGACUUUAAAAUUCGCAGGGUCUCUGCCUUUCGGAAGAACAUGAUUGAGAUGACAGAGCUGGAGCUGAAACACGCAAAGGCCAACCUAUUACUACUGAGGAACUGCUUGAGUUCAUUGCGAGGGGAACAGUAGGAUUUUCUUUCAGCUUCACUACACAGUGUCUGGAGAUGACCAUGUGUUAGGGGCCAACCCUUUUCCAUCUCCAUAGCUUUUUUUUUUAAAGAAAAUUACUGUUGUUCAUGUUUAUAAUGGUGUUCCUUUUGGAUAGAUGAGAAAACAAACUGUGGGAUACUGCUGUCUACUAAGCCUGACCCCACCUCCCCUGGAGUAGUCUCCCCCUCAAACCUGUUGUGGAGUCUGGUGUCCCUGCAGUGUCAGUCUCUCCUCUCCCUCCCACCCUGACUGUGUAUUUUGGCUGAGGGGUUCAUUUGCAGGCUGGCCUGUGAAGGAACUACCUGAGUGGAAACUAUGGCCAAUGUUUCCUAUCCCUGAGGCCCUUGUAGAUUUGCCAAGCCCCAACCAGCUGAGUUUUUGGUUUUUUGUUUCUUCCCCAUGGUGGCUUUUGUGCAGGGACCACUGCAGUGCAUCUUGAGGAUCUGCAUUGCUAAUAAUGGUCAGCACUCCUACCCACACACAUGUGCUCUCCCCUUCUGUGUGUUCUCUUGUUUUUGAUUUCUAGCCCAGCGUGGCCAGUGACCAUUCACAGUACUCUGCUUGCUGUUGUCAUGUGAGCAGGCUAAGUCUAUUGCAACUCAAGUUGACAGCAAAAACAUCAACUCUGAAAAUGUUAUUAAAUCACUGGAGGGUACUUGUCAACUUGCAACAGUGUAGAGGGAGCUUUACUCUGUAUCUAACCCUGUGCUAUCUCUGUCCUGGGAGUGUUUGAUGGAACACGUUCCUUUUUUGACAUUGAUAUCCAUUAUGUGUAAAACCUCCGCGGAGCUGAACAGGGAGAGUUCAGUGAGCACUGAGCUAAUGUCAUGGUCUACCAGCUGGAUAAACAUUGCCAAAAAGUAUUUGAGUUCACAAUACUCGUUUUUGUAUUCAGCUGCACAGAGGGGUUCAGGAAGUAGGAGAGAAACCAUCCUGAAUUGUUUGUCAAGUUUUAAGUCACCAACCUUUUGAUUCACGUCCAGUCAUGUUCAAUUUUUUAAAAAAUGCUGAAUUGAUUUGGAUCUGUAAGUGCACCAAAGUAUGAAGGCAUCAAGUUCGUUCAUGUUAAAGUCUUGUUGAUGGAGUGAGGAAUGUCUGGCUCAAAGCAGGGUACAAGCCACAAGAUUGACUGAUACUAUGGUUGUGGGGGUGGAAAUGUAAUUGUUUGAAGGCUGAAAUUAAGCAAAUCCUUUAGCAGCUUCCCUAAGUUCCAGUCUUCAAUUUUUUUUUUUGUCUUUUGUAAAUAAAACUGAGCAAGAAAUUUGA